GUGCGCCCGCCAGUCGGCAGUAUGAGGGCCAAGGGGCUCGUGUGCCCCGGCCUCGGCAGCAUCUUCCGGCCACCGACGGCGCCGCCCUCCGACGCGGCGGUGCUGGACGUGGCGCGCGCCAUCUACCAUAAGGGGCGCCCAGAGGGCUCGCCCGGGCUCCUUGCGGUGGCGCACGUCAUCCAGAACCGGUGCCGCCACCCGCACUUCCCGGGCGAGCCCCUCGCGGUGGUGCGCGCGGAGGCCGGCCAGUUCCCGCUCGGCCGCCAGGCGGGGCCCGUGCUGGAUAGCCCCUCCGAGAGGCAGCUGUUCGCCCUGGCGGUGCGCUACGCCUCUCAGCUGGUGCACCCGCCCCGCCGGCUCCCGUGCGCGGACCCCACGGGCGGCUCCCUGCACUACGAGCCCCGGGGGGCCGCCGCCGGGCCACCCGGAGGCCGGGUGCACGACGCCGAGCAGUCGGCCGAGGAGGACGUGGGAGCGCACGAGCCGCCCAGGCACGUCCCCAGGAGACGAGCCGAAGGCCCCGCUCCUUCUUCCGCAGGCGCAGCCCAGACGGCGAGGGGGAGAACGCUCGCGGGGACUGCCCUGGUGGCCGCCGCGCGGAGCGGGGCGGCGGCGGCGGGGUACCUGCUGGCGCUGUCCAGAGGGGCCGCCCAGGCUUUCCGGGCGGCGCGGCGCAGCCGCCGAUUGGGGAGGCUGGCGCGGUGCCCUCGGCGUCUUCGGCGCCCGCCCGUGCCGCCCAUCGCGCGCCCCCUCCUCCGACGGUGCCCCGGGACCCUCGAGUCCGA